CGGGGGGGUGGGGAGGAGGAGGGGGGGGGGGGAGGGGAGAAGCAGGAGGAGGAGAGCCCCAGGGCUCGCUGUGCCCCGCCGCCGAGGUCACCCUGCGGCGUGACACCGGCGGCAGGCGGGCGGGGAGGCGGAGCGGCUCCCGGUAACCAGCUCCGCUUCCCGCCCGCCCGGCCCCGCCCCUCGGCCCCGCCCCGCCCCGCCGGCGGGACCGUCCCGGUGCCUCGUGGCGGAGCUGCCGCCGCUCCGGUCCCGCAGAUGUUGCCCGUCCUCUUGCCCGUCCUCCUCCUCCUCCUCCCCGCCCGGCGCGGCGGCGCGGCAGCCGGCCUGGGGAUCACAGCCCGCACGCUCUCCCCGUGCUACUCGGCCGAUCUCCGGCCGACAUCGCAGCGCCUGGUCUCAGCCGUGGGCUGCACUGUGCUUCUGACGAUACCACCGCUGCAGGUCAGCAGAGGUGUCCUCUGGGAAUACAAAGCUGGCCUGCAGGAAGGAGUCAUCGUCAGCUAUGCCCUCGAUGGACCCGCCAACACGUCUCGCCCCUACAAGAAUCGCACGAGGUUCAAUGAAACAGAUUUCUCACUGCAGAUCGUGCUGCAGCAGGGAGAUGACCGGCUGUACGGGUUCAGAUCCGAGUCAGAGGCCACGGGCUGGUUCCAGCUGCGUGUUGUCGAACCACUGUCUGAGCCAGAAAUUGUGGGCAACUCAUCAGUGAAGGCAGGAGGCAACACCAAACUGGUUUGCAACGUCCUGGAAGGGAAGGCAGACUUGUACUGGUGGAAGAAAAAUGGGGAGCUGCUGCUGGGAAGCGACCACAUCCAGUUUGUUGACAACAGCACCCUGUGCAUUGUUAAAGCAUCGAUGAAUGACAGCGGCUACUACACUUGUGUGGUCCGCAAUGAAGUCAGCCAGAAUGAAACCUCCUUCCUGCUCCACGUCCAGAAUGCUGCGAAUGUGGUGUUGCCCGUGAUCCUGGUGUGCGUUCUCAUCGGCUUGCUUGCAGGUGUCUUCGUCUGGUGCAGGAGAAGGGACCGCCAGUGUUACAAUGGCUGUAGGUAGAGAGCUUGGGCAGCUGCGCCCUUGCUGCCUUCCCCUGAUGAUGGUGGUGGUGGUGGAUGCUGCCUGGGGAGUGCCAGACGUCUGAUGCUGUCCCAGCCUCUUCGGGGUUCACCUCUGAAUUGCUCCAGCUGCCAAACCUCACAAAUAUUUUUUUGUAGAACAGCGGCUUGGAUUAUUUCUGUGUUGUCCUGCUCUUCCCCAGGGCCCCUUGCCCAUCGCUGGGGGAAAGGUGGGCAUGGCUGUGCCUGGUGACCUGGCUGCUGCUGUGCUCCA